UUUCCUCAAGUCCCCAUAAACUAUAGACAUUAUUUUCAUCUCCAAAAUUUCAAACCAAAGAAAGAAAUAAAAUCUUCAUCAAAAUUUCCAGUCAAUUUUUGUUACCUUAAUCCAAACCCUAAAUCUCAAUAAAACCCCAAAUCACCAUUUCUUGAAUCUCUAAUCUAUUGGAGUUAUUUCCCUGGUGUAUGGCAUAUGUUAAUCACAUCAAUAGACACAACCAAGAACAACCAACUUGUGUGAUAAACCCUAAUUUUCACUUAGUCAGAGCUUUAAUUCCCAUAAACCCUAGUUUCUCGUUACGUAUGGAAGAAGAAAGAACGAAAUCACUCGUUCAGUUUAUGUUAGGAGAAGGGCUUGUACCAUCUGAAGAAGAAGAAUUGAAGAGGAAAGAUGUAAUCUUGAAGCUCAAACAGAUAGUAAUGGAAUGGAUACAAAGGGUUGCUUGGCAACGUGGUUAUUCAAGAGAACAAAUUCAGAACACUUCCGCCACAAUAUUGACCUAUGGUUCUUAUGGACUUGGUGUUCAUGGCUCUGAUUCAGAUAUUGAUGCUUUAUGUAUUGGCCCCUGCUUUGCCAGCAUGGAUGAGGAUUUCUUUAUUGUUCUGCGCCAGAUGCUUGAAACCAGGCCAGAGGUAUCAGACCUUCUCUGCGUGAAGGAUUCAAAAAUUCCUUUAAUGCGAUUUAAAUAUGAUGGGAUCUCAGUCGAUCUUCCAUACACACAGCUUAAAGUCAUGUCAGUGCCUGAUAAUGUGGAUAUUCUCAAUCCAUUCAUCUUAGCAAACAUUGAUGAAAUUAGCUGGAAAUGCUUGUCUGGAGUACGUGCGAACAUGCAAAUUCUUCAACUUGUUCCAAACUUAGAGAAGUUCCAGUUAGUGUUGCGGUGCCUUAAAUUAUGGGCGAGAAGGCGAGGAGUAUAUUGCAACUUGGUUGGAUUUUUUGGAGGAAUCCACCUGGCUGUUCUCACAGCUUUUAUAUGUUGUCGGUUUCCUAAUGCCAGUGGUACUGCACUUAUCUUAAAGUUCUUUGAGACUUUUGCAUAUUGGCCGUGGCCUACCCCAGUGAUGCUACAAGAUAUUAUACCACCAAUGAAUACAGAACAUUCUUUAAUGCCCAUUCAAUUUCCAAGUGGGACACUUGAAUUUUGCCGUUCCAAUUUCACAAAAAGUACUUUCCAGAAAAUCAGGAUCGAAUUUCUGCGUGGGCAUACAAUGACAAGGGAAAUUAUGAGACCUGAUUUUGAGUGGAGCAGUCUGUUUGAACCUUUCCCCUACACAAAGAAACACAAACGAUUUGUGCGUAUUUUUGUUGCCGCCACAAAUCAGAAUCAGUUAGGAGACUGGGUUGGUUGGAUUAAAUCACGCUUUCGCAGCCUUCUUCUAAAGCUUGAGGAGGUGCAAGGACAUUGUGAUCCUAAUCCAACUGAAUAUAUCGAUGUCGGUGAAGCAUCACCAAAUGUUGUAUUCUACUGGGGUUUGCAGCCUGGUCGAAGUAACUUCACCGAUAUUCAAUCAGUUGAGAAGUACUUCAGGAACUACAUCAGUAAUGGGUAUCGAGGCUAUAUGGGUAGGUUAGAUAUUUCAAUCGUGGAGUCUUCUCAACUUCCAAAGGAUGCACAAUCUGAGUAUGUAACAGGGAGGGAAUCAAAUGGUUAUUGGGCCUAUCCCGCUUACAUUCAACCAAGAGCUCCCGUUUUCUCUCACUAUUUGCCACACUAUUUUGUGGGUUAUGCCGCGGCAAAUUCAGCUGUGGACUAUCCAAGCGCCGGAUUUUGACUGUGUUAUACAAUUCUUUUUCUCAGUCUCUGAGUUACUUAAUUGAAGUUGUCAAGGAGAUCCUCUGAGGGACACAUUUACAAAGUUAAAGAAAGUGGGUGUGUAUUGGAAAAAAAUUUACACGAAACUAGUACUUGUAAAUUUUCAGAUUACACUUUAGGGUAGUCUUAACAACUGCAUCUUAAUUAUUCAACCAUUUGAUUUUCAUAUCUGUUUGUAAACAAUUUUAAUAACACUCGUCCAACCCAUCUUUCUUCCAUGUAAAUUUGAUCAAAUGUAUCUGUGAUUUGAGUAAAUAUUAGUUUGGAAAUGAGUCUUUAUCUUUUAUCUAAC